AUGACCCAAAAUACUCUAAACGGCGCCAAAUUCUACGAGCUCAGAAGAUCACCUCAAAAAAUGGCAGAGAGCUUUGAGAUUAAAGGUGAGUCGAACUUUAAAUCGAUAUUGUAUAGUUGCGAAACGUCCAAUGGGUUUCAAAAAUGUUCUUGUGAAUAGUUAAGGUCCAGUAGAGUAUUUUUGUAGUUGACACUUUUUCUCUACGCCCAUUCCUUGGAUUACUGCAGGUCUUAGAAGUUGGCAUAGAAAAAACACACCUUUGAGUAGUCCCAACUUCCAAGAGCUACAGUAAUCCAGUGAGUGGUUUUAGAGAACAUUGCUCAACUGCAAAAAUAAUGUACCAAGUGUCAUGUACUAACUAAAAUAGUUUAAAAGCUAAUAAUUUUCAGCUUCCGGAAAUUUCACCCCCGUCGCCAUAUGUACUGCCGAAAAAAUCGGUCUGCAGCUCAACGAGAACUUUGCUGACAUUCGGAUUUUCGUCUCUGAACACUCACUCAAUCCAGAUUGCACCAGAAGAUUUUCGCUGGAUUUGGAUCCGCAAUUUGUGACCACUAUUGAUGGGCCGUGUGGAGUUCGACGCGUUUUCAAGGUGAUUUCCAGCAUUUCAUGCUAAAACUGGAGUGUGUAGAAUUUUUUUAUUUGAAAAAAUGUAUGAAAUUCCAGGGCGUUCCAUCGCAAACGGUUCAAUAUUCUCUCCGUCUUAUUGUUUCCCAUAAUCCUGAAGAAAUAACUGAAUAUGAUAAAAUCUACGACGUCGUCUGCUCGUUACAAUUGAAGACUAUGGAAGUUCGAGCUUCCUAUGAUCUUAUGUGAGUUACAAAUCACUUUUCGAUAAUUCUCUAACAUAUUUCAGUACACCUACCAACUCUGUAUUAUCCUCAAACGCUCCAAAAAUACGACCAGGACCAAAGUGCAAAUAUUCAUUACAUUUCGGAACAGUUCAAGGUCCCAAGACGGCUCAAGCUCAUGUUGGAGAAGUGGUAUUUUUGAACAAAAUAUGUUUUUGAUAAAAAAAAAACGUUUUUCCCAGAUUUAUCACCGGUGGAAAUGUGCGGCGCCGUUACGUGAUGAUGGAUAUCAGAAUAGUUAUAUUUUUAAAGUGUAUGCAUGUGUGGUGCAUGACGAAAACAACCGGACGUACACAAUAAUCGAUGAGAACGGAUGUUCGUUGGAUGAAGAGAUUAUACCCACUCCCGAGUACGAUAUCGACAAAGGACUCAUUUAUACGCCGAGCCGCGCUUUUCGGUCAGUUUUGUGCGGUUGCGAAAUGUCCAUUGGGGAUACACGUUAUUUUUUUGAAAACUUGACAUUUAGUACUACACUUUUGUAGUUGACCAUUUUUCUGUACAAGAAAAUUUGAUGUUGAAUUUGAUGAUGAAACAAAAACAGUUUCUGAAAAAUAAAUAAAUGAUGAUGCAGUUUGAAAGUCCGCAACUUUGCGUAACGGUACUUUUUGUAUACCGUAUAAGUUUCAGGGUGCCCGGACAACUAGUAAAAAAGUUAUCCUAAAAAUCCAUUUUUUCAUAUAUUAAUGGCCAGCACUGUAUGUCCAAUUUUGCGACCCCUUCAAACAAAUCCGACAAUUGUAGAUUCGCAAAUUCGAACCACGUUCAUUUCAAAUGCAUGAUCUCGGUGUGCUCGGGAAACGAGCCCGAUUGUCGGAAUAGUGUAGUAAGUACCUUUGUUCGCCUUUCCGACACUGAAAACUCAUUUUUCAGCCUCCGAAAUGCACGAAACGACACGCGAAAAAGCAGCGGAGACAAUUGCCGGAGGAAAUGACGAUCGAGCAGAGAUUGCUGCGAAUUCAUGAAAUGAUGAAGGCGAAAACGGAGAGAAACGCGCAGAAUUUCACAUUGGAACAAACUGGAGAAGGGGAAAAUGCCCGGAAUGGGGUAAUUGUGGAGGCACAGCCGCUGAGCAUUAUUACCACGGAUUACGGUAGCUUUUUUACCUCAUUUUUGACGCUCGUGCUAUUUUGCAGACGUCAUCAAAUACCAGCACGUACUUCGAACCUAUCAAAUCUGGACAUGGAUUCUCUGCGCCCUCAACGUAUUCCUCGUCAUUUUGUGUGUUCUGGUCACAUUUCGACUGCUCAAAAAUAAGUAUAUUAUGGAUAUAAAGGACACCUCGAACACUGUUUUCCGACGGGUUCCUUUUUGA